AUGACUAUAAAAUCAGAAUCAGUAUGGAAUUAUGUUGAAUCACCAUCAAUCGAUGGUAUUAUUAAAGCGGGUGGUUAUUUUCUUAUUUAUUUUUUCGGCAUGUUUCUUGCAUCAAAAUGUUUACCAAGUAUUGAAGCUAGAAGUCCAAAGAAAACAUAUAAAUUAACUGGUUUUUAUAUAUUUAUUUUACUAACAAUUUUAAUUCCUAUUGGUUAUUAUACAGAACAUCUUUCAUUGUUAUUUAUAAUAAAAAAUUUUAUAUCAUUUUUUAUAGUAAUAAAUAUCUUUACAAUUUUAUUUAGUUUAUAUUUAUUUCAAAGAGAAGAAGCUAUUCAAAAUGCUCCAAAUUCUAAUCGUCCUAUUGAUUAUUGGCAUGGACGUGAAAAAGAUCCAAUGUUAUUUGAUGUUGAUUUGAAAGUUUUUUUCUAUCAACCAAGUCUUAUAGGAUUAGCAUUAGUUAAUUUAAGUUUAGCUGAAGCUCAAAUAUCUUUAUAUGGUACAUUAACAAUUGGAAUGAUUUUAUAUCAAAUUUUUUGGUAUCUUUAUUUAUUAACACAUUAUAUACGUGAAGAUUUUAUGUUAUGGACAUUUGAUAUAAUUGAAGAUCAUUUUGGUUUUAUGCUUGUUUGGGGUGAUCUUAUUUAUGUACCAUUUUUAUAUAGUAUAGCUGGUUGGUUUGUUGCUGAUAAUAUUCAUAAACCAUUAUCAAUAACAUGGUUAAUUAUAACAAUAUUUCUUCAUUUUAUUGGUCAUUAUAUAUUUCGUGUAUCAAAUUGGCAAAAAUUUGAUGUAAGAAAAUAUGGUUCAAAAGUUAAAAUUUGGGGAAAACAAGUUAAACUUCUUGAAGGACGACUUAUUUUAUCAGGCUUUUGGGGUAUUGGUCGACAUGUUAAUUAUACAGGUGAAAUACUUCUUUAUUUAUCAAUCGCAUUAUGUUCUGGUACAAUAUCAUUUGUACCUUAUAUAUUACCUAUAUCACUUCUUAUUCUUUUAUCACAACGUGCUUCUCGUGAUGAUCAACGUUGUCGAACAAAAUAUGGAGAAAAAAUAUGGGGUCAAUAUUGUCAAGUUGCAAAAUUUCGAAUGAUACCAUAUAUUUAUUAA